UUUUUUGGUACCACUGAGCCACAUCCCCACCCUAUUUUGUAUUUUAUUUAGAGACAGGGUCUCGCUGAGUUGCUUAACACUAAGUUGCUUAAUGCCUCACUUUUGCUGAGGCUGGCUUUGAACCUGUGAUCCUCCUGCCUCAGCUUUCUGAACCACUGGUAUUACAGGCAUGUGCUACCAAGCCCAGCAAUUCUAAUAUUUUUGGAUUCUUGAAUUUUGUAAAAAAAAAAUAUAUAUGGAUCUAUGAAUUGUGGGGUUUUUUUAACAUAUAUAUUUUUAGUUGUAGAUGAACACAAUACCUUUAUUUUGUUUAUUUAUUUUUAUGUGGUGCUGAGGAUUAAACCCAGUGCCUCACACUUGCAAGGCAAGCGCUCUACCACUGAGCUCCAUUAAAAAUAUAUUUAUACAAAAAUUAUAGGUACAAACUGGGCAUAGUGGUGAACUCCCAGUUACUUGGGAGUCUAAGGCAGGAGGAUUGAAAGUUUGAGGCCAACCUGGGCAACCUAGAAAGACCCUGAGUCAAAAUAAGAAGGGGUAGGGAUGUAGCUCAGUGGUAGAACACCCCUGGGUUCCAUCAUGAGUAACACACAUACACAGUUAUAGGGAUAUUUUUUGGUAAGAAAAAAUAAAAAAAAUAAAGGGAGAUAUUUCUGGGUGAAAAGCAUUUCAUAUGAUAAAGUAAUAUUUUUUACCUAAAGUUCAAGAUGGGGGAAAAAAAGAAGAAAACAGGUUAAAAGUAAGGAGGUAAACAAGUUGUAAAAUAUCUAAGUUUCAAAAAGUUUGUAGAAGUUAAAUCUUGGAAAAAUUCUGUGUUAUUAAGUAGGCUACAAUUAACAUAUCUAAAAUAAUUUAAGGGGUUUUCUGUGGUCAAAAUUUAGUGUACUAAUAUAAAACCAAAAUGUUUCUAUAUCUUAAAAAUCAUAGGAGUGGAGUUUGUGGCUCAGUGGUAGAGCGCUUGCCUAGCAUGUGUGAGGCACUGGGUUCAAUUCUUAACACAACAUAAAAAUAAAUCAAUAAAAUAAAGGUCCAUUGACAUCUAAAAAAUAUUUAAAAAAAUAAAAAAAAUCAUGGGGAUUUCUUAAAACAUUGAUCUGCUCUUAGUUAUCAAGAUAAUUCAUUGUGUCUAUUAGGUUUCAUUUCAUAGAAAAAAAGUCAUAAAGGAAUUAGAGUUUGCUUAAGUAAGUCUUUUUAAAAAAUAUUUAAUUUCUUUUAGUUAGAUGUGGACACAAUGUCUUUAUUUUACUUUAUGUGGUGCUGAGGAUUGAACCCAGUGCCUCACGCAUUCUAGGCGUGCGCUAUACCUUUGAGGCACAACCCCAGCCCUAAGUCUUUUAAAUGAUUGCUUCAUAACUCUGGUUAAAUUCUUAUGUUAUGGGCUGGGGAUGUGGCUCAAGCGAUAGCGCGCUCGCCUGGCAUGCGUGCGGCCCCAGAUUCGAGCCUCAGAACCACAUACAAACAAAGAUGUUGUGUCUGCCGAAAACUAAAAAAUAAAUAUUAAAAAAAUUUUUAAAAAAUUCUUAAGUUAUUACAAAUACAUUUGAUACUCUAAGUAUAUGUGACUAGAGUCAUGUGUACAUCUGAGGAUUAGAUAUGUAUAUCUGAGCUUUGUCUAAAUGUUAUGUAAGAGUUUAUGAAAUUAAAGCUGUAUAAAUUUAAUCUAAAUUAGAAGAACCAAUAAUUGUUCUCUUCUGUACAAUGUACCUUUGUAUCUGGAACUUAACAUGUAGAAGGGUAAAUAAAACUUGGCAUUUCUGCCCUUUGUAUUUGGUCUGCAUAUGUUUGCUUUGAUUGGAAAAUCACUUUAUUGUACAUAAGAGAUAUACUUGUGGACUGGGAUUGUGGCUCAGUGGUAGAGUGCUUGCCUGAGGCACUGGAUUCGUCCCCAGCACCACAUAAAAAUAAAUAAAGGUACAUCUACAACUAAAAAUAUUUUUUUAAAAAAAGAGAGAUAUACUUGUACAUCAGGUAAUAAGUCUUUGUGGCUAUUAGCAUUGUUUCCUAAACUUACAAGAAGUCUAGAACUAUCCUUUGAUUUUUUUUUUUCAGUGCUACAUAUGCUUAUUAUUACAAUUAUCCUACAACGUGGAUUCUAAAAAGUUAAAACUAAGUUAAGGGCUGGGGUUGUGGCUCAGUGGUGGAGCGCUUGCCUAGAAUGGAUGAGGCACUGGGUUCAAUCCUCAGGACCACAUAAAAAUAAAUAAAUAAACAAGCAAACAAAUGAAUAAUAAAGGUUAAAUUAUUUUAAGAAAAACUUAGUUACCAUAAAGACAUCUCUUUAACUAUGAAGCUGAUUAUUACUAGCAUCUUUGUAUAUUAAGUGUAUUUACAUUCUCUGAGUGUUUAAAUCUUUUAAAAUGUAAAGCUUAAGAAAACAUUUUACCAAGCUGGUAUUCUUCAAACUAAGACUGUUUAUAGCAAUAGUCUUUUUCAGGCUUAUAUAAAAAUAGCAGAUUUCGUUUGGGCUCUAUUUAUGUCAUCUAAUGUUUCAUAACUACAUAAAAGUAACUUGUUACCCAUAAGUUAUAUAAAAAAAAAUUGUUACUCUUUACACUAAGGUUCUGUCUCUUGCCCUAUUCCAUAUUGGAAUGGUCCUGGUAGGCUAAAAUUAAACUUGUUUAAAGCUCUGUUCAAAAGGAUUUUUAACAAAAAAUAAAUCUCGCAAUGGAUUUUUAUAUGUGACUAAGUUGACAAGUCAUCUAUGGGGGUUUUUGUUUUGUUUUGUUUUGUUUUGUUUUUGGUAGUGGGGAUUGAACUCAGGGGCACUCAACCACUGAGCCACAUCCCCAGCCCUAUUUUGUAUUUUAUUUAGGAAUAGGAUCUCACUGAGUUGCUUAGUGCCUUGCUAUUGCUGAGGCUGGCUUUGAAUUCGAGAUUCUCCUGUCUUAACCUCCUGUGCCACUGGGAUUAUAGUCAUGGGCCACCUCACCUGGCUGUUUAUGGGUCUAUUUAUUUAUUUAUUUAAAAGGUUCCCUUUUUUUUCAGUUGUAGUUGGACACAAUACCUUCAUUUAUUUAUUUAUUUAUAUGUAGUGCUGAGGAUCGAACCCAGGACCUCGAACGUGCUAGGCGAACACUCUACCACUGAGCCACACUACCCCAGCCCCAUGUUUAUGGGUUUUUUAAAAAAUUUUUUUUAGUUGUUGAGGAACCUUUAUUUAAUUAAUAUAUUUAUAGGUGGUGCUGAGAAUUGAACCCAGUGCCUCACACAUGCUAGGCAAGCACUCUACCACUUAACUACAAUCCCAGCCCUAUAUAUGGGUUUUUGAUGCUAGAGAUUGAACCCAAGGGCUCCUUACCCUGAGCUGCAUCCCCAGUUAUCCUUAUUUUAUGACAUCCCCACUAAGGUGCUGAGGCUUGCCUCAAACUUGCAGUCCUUCUGCCUUAGUCUCUCAAGUGAGUGAUAUUAUAGGCAUGUAAUAUCAGGCAUGUACCAUCCUGGCAUCUCUGGGUUUUUGUGGAGGCUAAAUAGUUAUAAAAGAUAUAUUAGUGUUAUUAAAGUAUUUUUAUGUGGUGCUGAGGAUCAAACCCAGUGCCUCACAUGUGUGAGGCAAGUGUACACACUGAGCUACAGCCCCUAGAAGUACUACUUCUAAUAGAAUAACCUGAGUUAAUUUGAGAUAAUAAGCCAUCACUCAUCUAUAGGACAGAUAGGAGAUAAUACUGACUCCUAGUACUAAUGCUGACCUCAAUUAAAUGGGAGGGUAAUUGUAAAAUUAUAGACAUUAAAAUUAAACCCAUUAUGCCCACUUCAAGACAGGUGAAACUGGCCUUCUGGGUGUUUAAAACCAAGGCUUAAAAGAUCAAAGCCAAGGAAGUAAAAAGGCUAAGAAAAAAAAAAUAGCCUAUAUUUUAGCCUUUGCUUUCUAGGUGAAACAGGACCCUGGAAACAAUAGGACCCCUGUGAGGGCCCUACAACUCCAGGUGAGUCAACCAACCUGAUUCGGGGGAUUUUGAGAAUCCUAAACAGAAAGCCAACUAAUGUAUGUUCUGCAAAGAGUGUCUUUGGGGAGGAAAAUAUCCUUAAUACUACAAAGGGAAGUCACCUAUGGUCAACAAGAUCCUGGCAGAUGGCUCACUGACAGACAAAAAAAGUGGAGGGCUUCUCAAAAGUUCUCAAAAGUAACUUCUGAGAAGUCUCAGCUUAUCUGAAAGGUUGGGGGAAAAAAUUAAUUUUUGACCAACAUAGGAGUCACGUAUUUAGUCGUAAACACUCAUUAGGAAAGUAUAACCAAAGCACAGUCAGAUAUUGUUGCUUUAAAGAAGAUGACAGUGAUUCUUUAGUUUUAAUAUUUUUUAGUUAUACAUGGACACAAUAUCUUUAUUUUGUUUAUUCAUUUUUAUUUUGUGCUGGGGAUUAAACCCAGUGCCUCAUAUGUGUGAGGCAAGCACUCUGCCACUCAGCCACAACCCCAGCCCAACAAUGAUUCUUUUAAUGAAACUUGUGAUGUAUGCUUAUGUCAGCCCUAUCAGAAGUAAGCAUAGGCUAAGAGGUCAUAAAAGAAGGGUUCUUGUGUAGGAAUGCCUGACAGUAUACAAAAGACUGCCAGAAUCACAAGUUUGUCCUAAGUCAAUUUGAGCUUAUUCUCACAAACUUGCCAAUCUUCCUAACCUCCUACAAAGAUGGACUCAUUGAUAUAUCUUGACAACUCUGCUAAUAACUACAGAAACUUUUUUUUUGGUGGUGGUGCUGGGAUUAAACCCAUGGCCUGGAGCAUGCUAUCAUGCUAGACAAGUACUCUACCACUGAGCUACACCUUCAGCCCCUAACUCCACAAACAUUAAAUGACAUCCACUCAUAAAUUAAUGCCAUGUCAGACCCUACCUUAAGCUUUUAUGAGCUACUGUCUUUGUAGUUUUCAAGGACUGACUGAUUUAAAAAAUUUAUUUUUAUGCUACUUAUUGCAGAAAAAUAAUGCUUUUCUGUCUUUAUCAUUGUAUAAGCAUGAUCCCUCCCUUACAUAUGUCUUGUCUGGUUGCCUACCAGCUGCUAGUAUAAAAUGGUCCUGACAUCCUGAUGCUAAAUACCCUUAACUGCCCAUGCCCCACCUGACAGUGAACAAGAACUUAAGGUCACAUCUCCAAACAUUGCCCCCUCUCAGCAAAAAGCAGCCAAAAUGAGUUGGUGACCAGUUAGCCUAAAAGAAUUAAGGGACCUAAGUCCUUGAGGGGAAAAAUGUUAGGUAACAGACAGUGGUGGGAAUAUAAGGUUAAGGGAUAAUUCUAUAGACUGAGCCUAAUGUGGUUUCUUUUUAAAAGCAUCUUAUCUGCCCUCCUGUCCUGGCUUAAGUCAAUAGGAUUCUCAGCAAACUACCUGUUAUCUGCAGAAGAAAUUCAGGUCCAGAAAGUCUCCUCCCUGCAGAUAAGAAGAAUACAACUUACCCUGAAGGGGGGGACAUUUAUGAUUUUUAUAUCAACCAAUGAUUUCAGGACUCAAAAAGACAAGGAUUUCACAGAUUUUGGCUCCUUCCUCAGCCCUGGAACCUUCCAUAUCACAUCAGAAGGGAGCAAGACUUCCUAUGUCCAACAUCUGCAUCUUCCUGAUUUUGGAUUGUGAAGGGUUUCCAAAUUCAGUAGUUUGAAAUCCUUUAAAACUCCCUGGCUCUGUGAACAGUAUACCACCCUCUCGGGAGGUAUAUGCUUAUAUCGUUAUGCUUAUCUCUGUUAUUUCAUUUUCCCAAAUAAACUUCUGCUUGUUACUCAGACCAGCUUGAAAUCCUUCCUAUGGGUUCACAAAAAACUGGCAGUCUUUAGGAUCCAGUGCCUGCUUCAUGGCUCCACAGCUGCUUUUCAGAGCAGUAGCUCAUGGAGUGGUCUGGUCCCACACUACAACAGUGACACCAAAGACCUUCAUUCCCUUCUAGGCUAGUAGUGAAGCAAAGGCAGAGCUCUGUCACAACAGUGAACCUACUUUGGAAUAUUGGGGUGAUAGUUGGACCUGGUGAACUUGGAAAGGAGGAAAAAAUCAGUUAAUAAAUACAGCUAUUGAGUGAUUUGUAAACUACUAUGGAGAAGGCAGAGGCUAUAGACCUGGGUUUGAAUUCCAUCUGAAGUGGAUUCACUGUGUUUGCUUUGGGUCACCAAAUAGUUCUGGGUGUAGAGGAAGCAAAUUUAUCACAUUGCCUGGCUUUUCAUCCGCCUGGACUUCCAUACCAGAGGCAGAGAUUUAACAAUCAAAUCACAAAAAGUGUAAUGCUAACAAAGAGUAUAUGGUAGCAAAGCAAUAGUUAGGAGACAAGCAAAAUUUGGUAGUCUGGCCGCCUGACUUUGAAUAUUGACUGUGUCUAUGACUUUGCUUCUUUGUGGUGUCACUUCUGGUAAAAACAGUAAUCUUACUGGACCAGGACCCUAGGCUUAUGACCUCAAUUUAACUGUAAAUACUUUGAGAAAAGCCCUGUCUCCAAACACAGUCACAGUGAGGGUUAGGGCUUCAAUGAAUCAAUUUUAAGAGAACACAUUCAAUUCAUAACAAACUUCUAAGCACUUGUGAAAUUAGUUUGAGCAGUAUGCAAAAAACACUUGGAAUAACAUCUGGCCCAUAGUAAGCUUGCAGAGUGCAGUGGCUCGUACCUGUAAUCCCAGUGACUUGGGAGGCUCAAGCAGGACUGCAAGUUUGAGACCAGCCUCAGCAACUUAGUGAGAUCCUGUCUCAAAAAAGGGCAUGGGAUGUAGCUCAGUUAACAAAGUUACCCAGGGUUCAAUCCCCAGUCCCAGUAAAUAAAUUAGCUUGCAAGGAGUGUUCAGGUGACACCAUAAAAAAUUAAAGAGGGGAUGGGCACUGAUGAGCAGGAGAGGAGUGUAGAGAGCAUUAAGAAAGUGGUCAUAGCCAGGCAUGGUGGCAUACGCCUGUAAUCCCAGCAACUCAGGAGACCAAGGCAAGAGGAUUGCAAGUGCAAAGCCAGCCUCAGCAAUUUAGCAAGGCCUUUAGCAACUGAGUGAGACUGUCUCAAAAUAAAAUAGGGCUGGAGAUGUGGUUAUAGCAACCCUGGGUUCAAUCCCUGGUACGGGGGCGGGGGGAAGGUGUCAAGCUAAGCUUACUUAAGGAAGCAAUAGGGAAUCAAGACCUAAAGGAAAUCUAAGAGAGCUACACAACAAUCCUGGGGAAAUAGUGGUUCUUAUGAGGGAGCAGCUAAUGCAAAUGUCCUGAGGUAGGAAAGAAUUGAACUCUAAGAUGAAGAAAUGAGGCAGGGGUUAGAUGAAUCAGGGCUUAUUGAUUGUGGGAAAAUAUUGGUCUUCAUUCUGGGAUCAAUGUCAUUAUUUGACUAUAAAAAGCUUGAGGGAAUAAAAACUGGUAGUAAUAGAGCCCAGCCCAGGAGUUUGAAAACUUGAGUUUGAAUCUGGACUCCUUGACGAGAUAUGAAUCCUUGUGAACACUUCCUCGCCGUGGGUAAUGAGUUCCCACAACUGUUUUCAGAGGUAUAGUAAAAAUGCUUCUCUCCUAGGAGUGUGUGAAGACUUAAGGAUGUGUGCCGCAUAUUCCUAUGUCCUACCCCAAGCUCCCUAGGUGGUUAUUCUGAUGUAGGUGUAUUAGUGUUCUGUUGCUGUUAUCAAUAUACCUGACCAAAACAACUUAGAAGAGGGAGAGUUUAUUUGGGCUCAUGGCUUCAGAGGUUCAGUCCAUGAACAGUUGGUUUUAUCAUUCAGGGCCCUAGGUGACGCAGAACAUCAUGGCAGAGGUUAGCUGCUCAGAUCGUUAAUCCAGGAAGGAGAAGAAAGCAGGGAAGGGGCUUCAAGGAAGAGGACCCCUUCCAUGACACACACCCCAGUGACCCACCUCCUCUAGCCUUAUCCUCCUGACCUAUGAUUACCAUCAGUCAGUUCAUCCAAUCUAGGAUGGAUUGAUUAGGUUACAGGUGUCAUAAUCUGAUCAUUACAACUCGGAAUACUCUUGCAUUAAUUAGCACAAGAGCUUUGGGAGAAUACCUCAUAUCCAAACCAUAACAUAGGGGUCUUUUAAACUUCACUUGGAGAAACAUCACUCUAGGGAGUGAUAGGAGGAAGAGUCCUCAGUAAACAGGGAAGUAAGAACAUAAUUCUGGGUUUUCAACAAGCCCAGCCUACCUGGCUCUCCACUCUUCAUGGAGCUGGGUACCUAUUGGGACCAACCAGGCACUUCCUUACUAUUUCCCUUGGGAAGUGCCUUAGGUGGGAUUUACCCCACCCCAGCAACUGGUCUUUGUUUCACAGAAAGACUCAGAGCUGUCAUGGACCAGAAUGGGGCCAGAGCUCAGAAUCAGUAGGCUGAGUACUCUGACAAAACAGGUGCUGGCUCUGGUCUCAAGGAAGUUCUGUAGGGAUGAGAGAAGAUAUAGGUACAAUCUGAGCUCAGGUUGUACCUAUGAGCUCAAGAGUUCUGGUCCCUGUGGGGCUGGCCCAGGCAAUAGAAAGUCUGGGAGGUUCCAGAUCACUAGAGCAAGAAUCUAACAAUUUAAAACAAGUUAAACACCUGGGUUAAAGUCGAUGUUGCCUGAGUUACUAGCUGUGUGACUAUGGGCAAGUUACUUCACUCUUGGAACCUCAGUUUAUUCAUCUAUAAAAUGGGGACAGUACUCUAUCAGGAAGCAAUGACAGAGUUAAAUGAGGUAACAUUCUCAGCAAAGUGUCUAGCUCUGAAAAGACUGAACAAUUGAGAGGAGUAAUUCUUGUCUCAUCCAAUCCUCACCAAACCCCAUGAGGUAAGUACUAUUUUUACCUCCAUUUUUCAGAUGAGAAAACUGAGGUUCUAAGACAUGCAGUAAACCACACAAAGUUUGCAUCAGCUGGGAAGUGAUGGAGGCAAGAUUUGAAGCUGGUCAUUCUGGCUUCAGAGGCUGUACACUAAGCCACAAUGCUGUAUUGUUCCUCUGAACCUUGGUUCCUUUAUCUGUGAAAAGAAUUUUUCUCAUGGUGUUGACAUGAAGGAGAAGCCCUGCCCGCCAUGGAGGUGGAGGCUGCAGAAGCCCGAUCCCCAGCCCCAGGCUACAAGCGCUCUGGCCGACGCUAUAAGUGCCUGUCCUGUACCAAGACAUUUCCAAAUGCUCCCAGAGCAGCACGCCAUGCUGCCACACAUACACCUGCAGACUGCCCAGAGGAAGUGGCCGAGGUGAAGCCAAAGCCAGAGUCAGAACCCAAGGCAGAGGAAGCCAGUGGAGACAAGGUGUCAGGCUCAGCAGUUAAGCCUCGGCCCUAUGCAUGCCCGCUGUGCCCCAAGGCCUACAAGACUGCACCAGAGCUGCGCAGCCACAGUCGAAGCCACACGGGCGAGAAGCCCUUCCCGUGCCCAGAGUGUGGCCGCCGCUUCAUGCAGCCCGUGUGCCUGCGGGUGCACCUAGCCUCACAUGCUGGUGAGCUGCCCUUCCGAUGUGCACACUGCCCCAAGGCUUAUGGGGCUCUGUCCAAGCUGAAGAUCCACCAGCGCGGUCACACGGGAGAGCGGCCCUAUGCUUGCGCCGACUGUGGCAAGAGUUUCGCGGACCCUUCGGUGUUCCGCAAGCACCGGCGCACGCACGCUGGGCUUCGACCUUACGGCUGUGAGCGCUGUGGCAAGGCCUACGCCGAGCUCAAGGACCUCCGCAACCACGAGCGGUCCCACACCGGUGAACGACCCUUCCUGUGCUCUGAGUGCGGGAAGAGCUUCUCCCGCUCAUCUUCCCUCACCUGCCACCAGCGUAUUCAUGCGGCCCAAAAGCCCUAUCGCUGCCCGGCCUGUGGUAAGGGCUUCACGCAGCUCAGCUCCUACCAGAGCCAUGAGCGCACUCACUCUGGUGAGAAGCCCUUCCUCUGCCCACGUUGUGGCCGCAUGUUCUCUGACCCCUCGAGCUUCCGGCGCCACCAGCGGGCUCACGAGGGUGUGAAGCCUUACCGCUGCGAGAAGUGUGGCAAGGACUUCCGGCAGCCGGCAGACCUGGCCAUGCACCGGCGGGUGCACACAGGCGAUCGACCCUUCAAGUGCCUGCAAUGCGACAAGACAUUUGUGGCAUCUUGGGACCUCAAGCGGCACGCUUUGGUGCACUCUGGCCAGCGGCCCUUCCGCUGUGAGGAGUGUGGGCGAGCCUUUGCUGAGCGUGCCAGUCUCACCAAGCACAGCCGUGUGCACUCUGGUGAGCGCCCUUUCCACUGUAACGCCUGCGGAAAAUCCUUUGUGGUAUCAUCAAGCCUCAGGAAGCACGAACGGACCCAUCGAAGCAGUGAGGCUUCUGAGGCUACUCCCCAACAGGAGCUGGUAGUGGGACUGGCGCUGCCUGUUGGCGUUGCGAGUGAAGGCUCUGCCGCCCCAGUAGCAGGUACAGGGCUAGGGGACCCUCCAGCAGGACUGCUAGGGCUGCCCCCAGAGUCAGGUGGUGUGAUGGCCACACAGUGGCAAGUGGUUGGCAUGACUGUGGAACAUGUGGAGUGCCGGGAUGCUGGUGUUGGGGAGGCUCCCAGUUCCUUGGGAGGGACAGGAGAGGUGGGAGGUGAGGAAGUUGAUGAGAAGCCACCACAGUUUGUAUGUAGAGAGUGCAAGGAGACCUUCACCACCCUGACAUUACUGCGAAGGCAUGAGCGGUCACACCCAGAACUCCGGCCCUUCCCUUGCACCCAAUGUGGCAAGAGCUUCUCAGACAGGGCUGGGCUGCGCAAGCACACUCGCACCCACAGCUCUGUGCGCCCCUAUGCCUGCCCCCACUGUCCCAAGGCUUUCUUGAGUGCCAGUGACCUUCGCAAGCAUGAACGCACCCACCCUGUACCCAUGGGAACCCCCACACCCUUGGAACCCCUUGUGGCUUUGCUAGGAAUGCCUGAAGAGGGGCCAGCCUGAAACUGGUGGCUCUCUCUACCACAUUCCCUGGAGCUCAGCCUGGACAGGGUGCCUCCUGAACCGAUUUGUACCCAGCUCACUCCAUAGACUCCAGAUCCCUGCCCCUAGGCAACUAGCUCACCUGUUACCUAAGAGAGCUGGGGAUAGUGGAGACCAGCAGCAUCUGUGACAGGGUUCUCUCUGAGUAACACUCAUUAAAGCAUUCACUUUGACACUGGGUUGUCUUCUGUGUUCUGGUUGGGGGUGAGUGGGUUGGGAGUUUGGGCACCAGAUAAGAUCCAGUGAUGAAGCCUGGCCUGACAGAUUAGAAACUAAAAGGGCCUUUGGAUGCCUCAUAUCCUAAAGUAUGUUUGGGGAUGUAUUAUGACAAAGGAUUCCCUGGCCAAGUACAUACAGGAAAUUUCCUGUGCCUUUCUUGGGAAUCCUUGGUUAUUAAAAGUUGUAUUAGAUUUGUGGGGAAGGGGGAUAUUAGGGAUUGAACCCAGGGGUACUCUACCACUGAGAUCCCCAACCUUUUUAUUUUUUAAUAUUAUUUUUAAUUUUUUUAAAAAAUUUUUUUGAGACAGGGUUUUGCUAAGUUUUGCUGAGGUGAGGCUGGUCUUGAACUUGAGAUUCUCCUGCUGCAGCCUCCCAAGAUAGUAGACUACAGGAAUAUGCCCCCAUACCCAGAUGAUUAAGUUUUAUUAAAAGGCAUUAAAUACUGCAAUGAGUAAAUCUAUUUAGCUUUGUUUAGCCAAUACUUAUGACCAUGAAACUGAGUAGUUCUCUUAUCCUUUUAUAGAUAAUAAACUGAGGCAAAUAUUAUGUUAGAAAGUAUACUUGGAGGAAAAAAGGGUUUCCAUUCACAACAAAACCAUAAACUACAAAGGAAUAAAUCUCACAAGAAAUGUUCAGAACCUAUAAAAGAAAAUGAUAUAUCUGGCCUAAAGGACAAAAUUUAAGUAAAUGGGUACAUACUAUGUACCUGAAUGAAAAAAGUCAUUAUUAAAAGAUGUUAAUUCUGGGGGCUGGGGUUGUAGCUUAGUGGUAGAGCGCUUGCCUUGCAUACAUGAGGCCCUGGAUUUGAUCCUCAGCACUACGUAAAUAAAUAAAAAGUUAAAAAAAAAAAAAAAGAUGUUAAUUCUGGGCUGGGGUUGUGGCUCAGUGGUAGAGUGUUUGCCUAGCAUGUGUGAGGCACUGGGUUCGAUUCUCAGCGACACAUAAAAAUAAAUAAAUAAAGGUAAUGUGUUCAUCUACAACUAAAAAAAAAGUGUAAAUUCUCACCAGGUGUGGUGACACACACCUGUCAUCCCAGUGGCACUGGAGGUUGAGACAGGAGGAGGUGCUAAGCAACUCAGUGAGACCCUGUCUCUAAAUAAAAUACAAAAUAGGGCUGGAGAUGUAGCUCAGGGGUCAAGUGCCCCUGAGUUCAGGCCCAUACCAAAAAAAAAAAAAGUUAAUUCUCCGUAAUUUAAUCCUUGAAUUUAUUGCCAUCCUAAGAACUGUUUUAACAGAAUUUGAAAAUUUGUAGCUCAUAUGCAGUGGUGUGUGUGUGUGUGUGUGUGUGUGUGUGCUGGAGUUUCAACUCAGGGCUUCAAACAUGCUGAGCACAUACUUUAUCAUUGAACUACAUUCCCAGCCCAUGAUACUGUUUUUUUUGGUUUUGUUUUUAAAUGGUAGAGGUGGCAUAUUUGACAUACUAGAUAAUCAAACACCAAUACACUGGAGUAAAAACACAGGAUAUAUAUAUAUAUAUAUAUAUAUAUAUAUAUAUAUAUAUAUAUAUAUAUAUAUAUAUGUUGUAGAUGGACACAAUACCUUUAUUUUAUUUAUCUAUCUUUAUGUGGUGCUGAGCAUUGAAACACAGGACCUCACACAUGCUAGGCAAGCACUAUAUCACUGAGCUACAACCCCAGCCCAAAACACAGGAUAUUACUGGCACAAAAUCAACAAAUGGAGUGAGAAAGAAGGUUUAGAGAUAGCCUUGAAUAUUUCUGCGAAUUUAGUUUAUGAUCAAUGUAAUUGUUUGAAUUAGUGGAGGGGAAAGUGACUAAUAGGUUUCCUUGAAAGAUAACUAAUAUGAGGCCCUAGGCUCAAUCCCUAGUCUCUAAGACUGCAAAAGAAAGGAAGAACGGGGGAAAAAUGGCAUGCAGAUACCACAUAUGCUAGUCAACAGAUAACCUUGGGUAACCAAGGAUAACAUGGGUCUCACCUACGUUUAGGAAAGAUCCACAGUUCUUAGCCCAGACAACCCACUCCUUUUCUGACACUCCAGGUACUCCAUAUCCUAGUCCAAGCUCCCUGAGGACACACACUAAGAAUUAUUUUAACAGCUUCAUUUAGAUGUAAUUCACGUACAAUAAAAAUUUACCCAUCUAAAGCAUACAGCUGUUUUUCACUUUAUUCACAGUGUCAGGCAGCCAUUACAAUCUAAUUCUAGCAUACUUUUAUCCUCCUAAAAGAAACUAUACCCACUAUUGCUUAUUCCUUAUUCCUCCCUGCCACAAUACCACAAGCCCCAAUCAAUCAUUGAUCCACCUUCUUUCUAUGCAUUUGCCUAUUCUGGACAUUUCAAGUAAAUGUGGUCUUUUGUGACUGACUUCUUUCACUUAGCCUUAUGGUUUCAAGGUCUACUCAUUUUGUAGUUUUAUCACUACCUUAUUAUUUUUGUCAAAUAAUGUUCCAUUGUAUGAAUAUAUAUAUUAUUUAUCCAUUCAUUAGUUGAUGGAUUUGGGGGUUAUUUCCAUUUUGGGCCAUUGUGAGUAAUGCAGCUAUAAACAUUUCACAUACAGAUUUUUGUGCAGAUGUGUUUUCAGUUCUCUAGUAUAUAUAUUAGGAAUUGCUGGGUCAUAUGGUAACUCUAUGUUUAACUAUCUGAAGAAAUGUCAGGCUGUUUUCCAAACUGGUUUACAUUCCCAUUAGCAAGGUUUGAGUGUUCUAAUUUCUCUACAUUUUCACUAACACUUGAUCUUUUUUUUUUUAAGAGAGAGAAUUUUUUUUUUAAAGAGAGAAUUUUUUUUUAAUAUUUAUUUUUUAGUUAUCGGCGGGCACAACAUCUUUGUUUUUUCUUUUUUUGUAUGUGGUGCUGAGGAUCGAACCCGGGCCGCACACAUGCCAGGCGAGCGCGCUACCACUUGAGUCACAUCCCCAGCCCGAGAGAGAAUUUUUUUAAUAUUUAUUUAUUUUUUUUUAGUUUUCAGUGGACACAACAUCUUUUUUACUUUUUUUUUAAUGUGGUGCUGAGGAUCGAACCCAGUGCCCUGUGCAUGCCAGGCGAGUGUGUUACCGCUUGAGCCACAUCCCCAGCCCAAUACUUGUUCUUGUCUGUCUUUUUUAUUACAGUUAUUCUACUGUGUGAGAAUAUCAUGAUUUUGAUUUGUGUUUCUCUGAUUGCAUGUGAUGUUGAGCUUAUAUAUUUAUUGGUCAUUUAGAUAAAUGUCUAGUCUAGCCUAUUUUUUUUCUUAUUUUUUUUAGUUAUAGAUGGACACAAUAUCUUUAUUUUUGUUUUUGUUUAUUUUUAUGUGGCGCUGAGGAUGGAACCCAGUGCUUCACAUGUGUGAGGCAAGUGCUCUGCCACUGAGCCACAAUCCCAGACCAAGUCUAGCCUAUUUUUAAAUUGGGGGUUUUUGUCUUUUUAUUGGUAAGAGGUAAGAGUUCUUUCUGUGUUCUAAGUACAGUUUAUGAUUUGUAAAAUGUUUUCCCAUUGUAUGAGUUGUUUUCACUUUUAUGCAUGCAUAUGCGUGUGUGUAUGCGUGUGUGUGUGUGUGUGUGUGUGUGUGUGUGUGUUAUGUGUGUGAACUGAACCCAGGGACACGCUACCACUGAGCUGCAUCCCCAGCCCCCUUUUUAAGUCAGGGUUGAGUUGCUGAAGCUGACCUUGAACUUGAGAUCCUCCUGCAUUACCUCCUGAGUUGCUGGUAUUACAGGCAUACACCACCAUGCCUGGCUGAGUAUUGCCAUCUUAAGAAUAUUAGAUCUUCUCACCCAUGAGAUGUUUUUUUCAUUUAGUCAGAUUUUUUUUUUUUUUUUUUUGGUACCAGGGGCACUUAACCACUGGGCCACAUCCCCAGCCCAUUUUUGAAUUUUAUUUAGAGACAGGGUCUCACUGCUGGCUUUGAACUCUCAAUCCUCCUGCCUCAGCCUCCCAAGUCACUGGGAUUACAGGUAUGCACCACUGUACCCUACUAGUUAGAUCUUUAAUUUCUUCUUAUUUUUACCUUUUAAUGUAGUGCUGAGGUUAGAACCCAGUGCCUCACAUGAGCGAGGCAAGCGCUCUGCCACUGAGCCACAACCCCAGCCCAGAUCUUUAAUUUUUUUCAAUAGUAUUUUAUAGUUUUCAGUAUAUAAAUUGUAUACUCCUUUUGCUAAUUUUAUAUCAAAGUGUUAUAUUUCUUUUGUUGAUAUUACAAACUGUGUAUUUCAUUUUUGGAUUGUUUAUUGCUAGUGAUGAGAAAUACAAUAUAUUUUUGUAUACUAUUCUUGUGUUCUAUAGCCUUGCUGAACUUGUUUAUUAGCACUAAUGGUUUUGUUUUUUUGUUUUUUGUUUUUUGUUUUUUUUUGUGUGUGUGUGUAUGUCCCUGAGAACUUUCUGUAUACAAGAUCAUGUUAUCUGUAAAUGGAUCUUCCUUUUCAAUCUGGAUGCCUUUUAUUUCUUUUUCUUGUCUAAUUUUCCAAACUAAAACUUUCAUAUGUGUUAAAUAGAAGUGGUGGGAGUAGAUGUCCUUGUUUUGUUCCUGAUCUCAGGAGGAAAGCACCCAAUCUUUCACAAUUAAUUAUGAUAUUUGCUGUGAAUUAUUCAUAGAUGCCUUUUGAUAAUUAGCACAUCGAGGAAGUUUCCUUUUACUUCUGUUAAGCUUUUUUUUUAAUUAUGAAAGCAUUGAAUUUUAUCAAAUGUAUUUUCUGUGUCUAUUGAGAUCAUGUUUUUGUUUUUGUUUUUGUGGUAAACUGGGAUCAAACCCAGGGCUUUGCUCAUGAUAGGCAAGUGAGCUACAAUCCCCAACCUGUUUUUUCUUUAUUUUACUAAUAGCCUGUAUUAAAUUAAUUCACUGUUUGAUGUUAAACCUACUUUAUAUUCCUAGGAUAAAUCCCUCUUGGUCAUGCUGUAUAAUCCUUUUGUCUGUAUUGCUGGAUUGGUUUGCUAGUAUUUUGUUGAUGAUUUUGUGUCUGUAUUCUUAAGAAUAUUGAUCUGUAGUUUUCUUGUGA